AUGAGGCGGAUGACGCCAAUACUAGCUCUUAUCGCAACGCACACAGUAUGUGUGCUCCACGCCGCCUCAGUUGAGCACGUACACAAGGAUGAUGGGCGCUUGGAGGACCUCUUUUCCGAGGCUUUCAUGAUGAUCCAAGAGAUCACGGACGGUUCGGAAAAGCAAAAGCUGGCUUUCUCCAGGCUGCUGACGAACGUGGCUGCAACCUUUGACGUGGAAGGAUACCGAUGGAUGCUCGACAUCGUAAAGGGGCGCCGCGCCACCGAAAGGUUCACACAGGCAGUCGCCCAUCGCUCAUUCAGCCAGCCUCACUGUGACAAGGGGAGCUGGGUGAGCCCAUCGCAUACUUUUGGUGACCUGGUGAAAUUCCCAGGAGGGCCAUUCAGGGGCGGAACUGGCUACGAUCUGGUCAGAUGGAUGGGCAACCAGUACUCCCACGUCCACUCGCCCGCAUCGGCCAACCAGCCCGGGCUGGAAAACAUGAUCGUGCAAGCGUUCCAGCAGAUCAAGGGCGUGAUACAGACUAUACUGGCUGUGGUGGUAGACCUAGUGCCUCCCAUAGUUAUAUCAGUGAGCCUGCCAUGUCUACCCAUGCUUACGGGGAUAAACUGUCUGGGCUCCGUUCUGUACCCUAUAUCGGCAACAGACUUCGUGAUGGCUGACAUCACCGAUUCGGUGAUGAAUGGCGUCAUCUCGUCUUUCCCCGCCAAGUACGCCGCCAAGGUUGGGCGCACUAGCGACGCGCAAUACUACUUCUGCGCCCACAUAUACUUGGGAAUGUACUGCGCCAGCCUGUUCCCCAUUUGCGUUACUGGGGCAGCUAAGAUCGCCGAAACGUUUCCCAUGUGCUUUGUGCAGUGCAUUGCCGCCCUUAUUGCGUGCCCCGGCUUCUGGAUGGACGACAUCGCGGUCCCGUGCAGCAACCUCUCGGUGCCGCCAUUCUGCUCCUUUUCAGUCUUCGCCAACCACUACAGGAUUCCGCCGCAGUACACCACGUACGACCAGUCGCACAUGUAUCCCGAAGGGUGCCCGCAAUACAAUCCCGAGAUAGACACCCCUCGGGAUCUGUACGACAAGAAGGCUGCGCCGCCGUCCGCAAUAGCAAAGGCGGCGAAGGAGAAGCCGUUGGAGGAGUUCCACCUGAAACGUAGGAAGGCCGAAGAAUUCCCCGGUGCUUGCGACUGCGACGCCAUCAAGGAAGUCUGCCGCCUCCAUUUACCAUAUCCCGUCUACGUCAACGCUGACCCGAGUACGUCCGAGACGCACUACCAGGUCCCGGAGCGCGUCGACGAGCACGAAAAGCGGUGUUGCGAAGAAUGCACGCCCAUUUGGGACAUCACGGAAAACAACACACUAUGA